CCAGACUCUUCUUCCUUCACCAUCAACGCCAGACUACCAACACGUCCUGACUACGUUGUUGAUCCCAUUUUAACCAGGUCGCGCUUCCUCGCGUCAUUUUUGCAUAAUUUUUCUCGUCCCUCCCUCUCCCUCAAUUCCUCUUCUCGACAACUUGUCGCAUCCACCAUGGCGCGCACCAAGGACGACGUUGUCGCGACAUCACCUCGCGUCGCCAAGUCUGCUGCCGGCAUCAGCAAAGAUACCGAAACCCCAGUGAAGCGCGGCCGUGGUAGACCUCGCAGCGCCGUUCCCAAGCCCGCCUACGUCCCCAGCGGUCGUCCCCGUGGCCGUCCCAAGGGAAGCACUAAGGCCUCGAGCGCGAAGAAGGCUGCUCUCGGAGAAGCAGUUGGCCUCACCAAGAAGGCCGCAUCAACGGAUGCCUCUGGCGCUAAGCGAGGACGUGGUCGACCUCGCAAGGCUGCCCAACCCGAAGCCGAAGGCGAAUCUACAACCCCCAAGUCUGGCAAGAAGCGUGGCCGGCCAAGCAAGAAUGCCACCGAGAGCCCGGCUGCCCAGGAUGUGGCUAAGGACGACAAUGAGGAGUCCGAGCCCGUGGAGGCUGCUGAGCCCUUGGAGGAUGCCAAAGCCGAUGAUGAAUCGGAUGGUGACAUUCCCACAGCUGGCCAAGAGGAGUCGGCCGACAAGGAGUUGCCGGAUGAUGACUUGUCCAAAUAG